CCUUUUGAUCCUGUCGAAGGCUGUCGCGUUACACUUUGUGCACAUGGACGAGUCUGAGAUCGCCCCUCCUGCUAAACGCGUGUUUCCGCCUUUGUAUGUAUCAACCGGUGACGCGUCCAUCGACAGGCUUGCGUUCUUCCACGUGCUAGAAAAAUUAAAGACCCAAAAGCGCACAGGAUGGCUGGAUAACAAGAUCCCAAAUGCAGAGAGUAUAUCAGACCACAUGUACCGCAUGGCUCUACUGGCUAUGUGUACGUCUGACAGUACGCUCGAUGUUUCCAAAUGCGUUAUGAUGGCUGUCGUGCAUGAUCUUGCUGAAGCGCAAGUGGGCGACAUUACCCCUCACGAAGGAAUUUCCAAACAGGAGAAACAGCGCCUGGAAGCGGAAGCGAUGCACAAUUUCGUGCAUGAUAUGCUCCACAGUUCUCCAGCAGCGUUGAGAAUCGAAGCUCUCUGGAACGAAUACGAGGAGGGAGAAACGGACGAAGCGAAGUUCGUCAAAGACCUUGAUAGACUGGAGAUGGCGCUGCAAGCUCGCGAAUACGAAACGACGCAUGCGCUGGAUCUUCAGCCGUUUUUCGAUUCCAGUUUGCCUCGUUUGCGUCAUUCGGAGGUCAAGCAGUGGGGCGAGGAUUUGGCACAAACCCGUUCAAAUGGUCAUGAUCGUUAACGUUAGACGUGUCGUAUUUGACAUUCCGAUCCUGUUAUUCGUGGAGCGCAUGUGACUGCAUUUUGCAAUGAAUUUACAUUCCGCCAGCGUUCCUUCCAUACAAUGUUCCAAGACGGA